AUGGUGGCCCUAGAAGAGAAACCCAACAUUGAAACAAGACUACUCUGCAUCCUAAAGGCUCUGUGCGUGUACUUGAAUGAAGACCCCGAGGACCUGGUUAAGACCUACAUGGAUGCCGAUGUUGGAGCAGAGAAGGAGUUUGAGAAAGUAGUGCUGGGUGUCUACAUCGUGGAACAUCAACAUGCCGAUGCAUCAGACUCAUUGGAGGACUUUGGAAUAAUCAUCGAUGGCAUUGCAUUUCUUCAAGACCUAAAACACAUUCCAACUGGAUGGGCGCUCCUUCUUGGAUUAAUCUACUGUCUGGACAUGAACUCUCGAAAGGGACUCGGAUGUACUUUUGAAUUUAUUCCAAAGUGGCUGUGUGCAUCCUCAAUGCGUCAGCAGAGGCGAACUCUCCUGGGGGACCUUCUCUGCUUCCUCUUCAUCACUCCACUGUCCUCCCUGUCCGGAUGGCUCUGUGUGCAGGGAGCCCUGGACCUGUACCUCAGUAAUCCUGCAGAGGCUCUCGGGCUCAUGCUGCUCACUGUGUCCCUGCUCCUCAUCUACAUCUUCUGGAGCCUGGUGUCUGUGCGGUACCACCUUCAUCUCUUCAGGACGUGGAGGACGACAAACCAAAGAGUUCAGCUAAAAAUCCCCUGCAAUUGCGACUCGGGGAAAAACCAACCGACUAUUCCCCGAGAGUCAGAGAAGAGCCCCAACAAGGAGACCAUCGUAUGUCUGGAUUCACCAAUAACGGAUCAGUUGUAA